UGCUAAGAAGUACCUUUGAAGUUCUGCACUUCCUCUGUAUCAGCCAUGGUUUGACUUUGGAAUUCAUUAACUGAUUUCUGUGUUUUUUGAGCACUUUAUGAAUUGGUUUGUUAGUAGCUAUAGAAAAGUGACAUAGUUGCAGUGGUGCUUAUGCUUUUGCACGAACAAGUUCUAGAUUAUGCAGCGCAUAACUCAGUUAUCUCUGUCAGUUUAAGCAUUUUACAGAAUUUAUGCCCUUCCCCACAGUGGACCAAUUUGUGACAAACUGAAAGCUUUGUUGACAAAUAUGGCACACAUGACAAUUCUAUCACCAUGCCUAAUUACCUCAACUCAGUCCAUGACAAGUCCAUGGACCUUGCAGUGAUUUUCUUUAGGAAAGUUGUCAAAGAGGUUAACAAGCAUGCAACAAGGUUAGUUAAAGAGCUGGAUUUGAAUUAACUAGUACCUCGGCAUCAGACGAAGCCACCUUCAAAUCUCACUACCUUUUUUUUUGAUAAUAAGGGAAACUUGAAGCCGCUACCCUUUGGGUGCGCACAUGGUAAAACCCCCGCUCCUAUGCAAUAGCUCGUAAACCACAUAGGAGAGGUAACCUAACUAGGCAAGCCAGGUGCGACAACCUCGACCCAGAAGGCAAACCCCUUACUUUCGUUGGUAAGGGGUUUCGAACUCUCGCUACCUUUUUUAGACCUCUCUCUUCUUCGCUAGCUAAAUCUAAGAGACCGAUGGGAUUAAUUAAUUGCUAGGUAAAUUAGCAUCCGACGUAAUAGCAUUUUUUAUUUUGUGUUACUUAUGAAUGUUUUGUGUGCUGUCAGAGAAAAUCAAUCAAGGCAGUUUUUGGGGACUUAGUAGGUGCUGGCAAUCUUGAAAACAUUGUACUGGCAGUUAUCAAUGAAACAGUUUGGUUGAGCUAGUCAAAAGAUAAUCUCUUUAUUAGCUUUUAAUAUCUAUGAACUUAAAGGUCUUGACUUUUCUUGAGUCUUUUUCUCAGUCAAUAGAAACAACUAACAGUUGUUGAGCGAACGACAACUUUGUGUUAGUUGACCUAAGCUGCACCCUUAUUGCUGGGGUAGGGCUAGGCCUCUAAUCCCUACGUGCCCUUGAAAUAAUAUCAGUGCAUCACAAAUUUAUCAUUAUUGUUUUUACAUCACACUUUGAUCGAAUAUGGCAGUUGGUAUGACCAGACUCUUUCUGAACAUACUUAUCCAACCCAAUGGAGGCAAAUGACUCCAGAAUUUGCAGCUUAUCAGAGCAAGUCCUCAGUAAGUGCUUAAAACUUACCCAGUAUACAAAGGUUUGUAACUCGAUGUGACUGAAUAAUUCACAAAUCAAGACUAUUCUGUGCUUCAACUCUCCAGCAGUUAUGUCUCUCCUCUGCUUUAGUUCCUGCAAAAUGGACCUUACAAUGAGUGGAUCUUGGGCAGAUAGAUCUCAUAUUCUAGCAGAACAGGAUGGAUUAGCAUCUUGAUCAUGUUCCAAUGUGAAAAUAGUUCAGCAAUUUAUUUUACUUGACAUUUAAGAAGGUUUAACAGAACCAGACGGAGAAGACGAUAAUUGAGUCAUCUUGAACUUUAUCCAUACUGAGGGAUGACAACUGUUUUUUGGUAUAAGACUUUCUGAGAUGUUGCAUCAUGUUUUACAUUCCCGAUAAUCAUAUAAUUUGCAAUUGGUAUUAUAUGGAAGGUAGCACCGAUGCGGGCAUCAUAUUGUGCACUUCUCUUGGCCAGAACUUCAGUUGCUGGUAGGUUAGUACUCUUCUCCUUGACAAACCACCAUACAAAGAUUUACUUGGUGAUGAUGUUCAUCUACAAAGGGGUAUGGCCAAGUAGCUCAUCCACUGUUCUGUUGCAGCCACCAAUUGAACCCAAAUCCUUCAAAAUCCAAGCUAACUUUUCCAACUACCCUCUAGCCAGCAAAAUUAUGGUUAGAAAUUUACCAUACUCCACUGAUGAAAGUUGUCUGGAGAAGAUGUUUUCAAAUUUUGGCCAGGUGGCUGAAGUUAAGAUUGUCAAGGAUGAAGUGACCCAGAGAUCCAAGGGAUAUGCUUUUAUCCAAUUCACUUCUCAAGAAAAUGCCAUGCUUGCCCUUGAUAGCAUGGAUCACAAGUACCUCAAUGGCAGGGUUAUUUCUAUGGAUCUCGCGAAGCCUACAAAGAAAGACUUUGGCAGAUACUCGAAAACUUGUGGACCACCAGUGGAAAGAUUACCGUCCGAAAAUGAGUUAUUGCUAUGUGAAUGACAGUUUCACAACUCAUCACUCUAGAAACAAGAUGCAUCAUCGAGUGGACUUGAUGAAAAUUCUAUUACAGAAAAUUUCAAUAUUGGGUCAAACUUACAGGACUAGUCCACUUGUUCUGUCAUUGCAACCUGUGGUUUGUAGGUAAGUCCACAUAUAUAUUGUGCUUGUUCUCUGAGGCAUGGCAUGUUGCAUGUCAGUCCAGGUCUAAGUGUACUUUGGUCAUCUUACAAAACUUGUACUUAGAAUCAUGUAUAUUAAGUUGCAAGAUUUGUGCUUUCCAA